CAGAGAUAGGGACGGAGGGAUGGGAAGAGGGACGGGGAGAAGAGGGGAGGGGGCUGUCGGGGAGGGGGGUGCCGGGGCGGCGCUCGGGGCCGCUGUACAAAUAGGGCGGCUGCGGGUGGCCCGGGCAGACAUGCGGGUCCCGCUGCGCUCCGUGCCCGCGCUGGCGCUCUGCGCCCUCGCCCUGCUCCGCCUGGGCUGCGCUCCGAGCCGGGCACUCACCUGGGCACCCACCGGAGCGUCCCCCCGGGCGCUCACCUGGGCACCCACCGGAGCGUCCCCCCGGGCGCUCACCUGGGCACCGGCCCGCGCCCCGCCGCGCUGUCCCCCGCUGAUGCUGCAGCUGCUCCGCGCCCCUCCCGCCCCGCUCCGCGCCGCCGCCGCCGCCGCUCUCAGCCUCUCCCCGCACGGCUCCCUGCAGAACGGCUCCCGCUGGGCGCUCUCCUUCGACAUGUCCUCGCUGUCCAGCAGCCAGGAGGUGAGCCUGGCUCAGCUCCGCGUCCGCCUGCCCGGCCUCUCCCGCUCCCGCAACGUCUCCCUGGACAUCUACCACAGCCAGCGCCGCAGGUGCCGGCCGCACGGGGCCUGCGCCCACCAGCUCUUCCUGGGCACCGUGGCUGGCAUUCCCUCCGCCGCCCAGGCUUCUUGGAAAGUGUUUGAGGUCACCAACCUGCUGCGGGCCUGGCUGCACCAAGCGGCGCUGGGCGCGCACCCCGCGGGUGCGGGGCAGUGGGAGCUGAGCGCUGCCCCCACCACGCCGGGACACGGCGCCCACGGGGACCCAGCCCUGCCCCAGGACGUGGCCGACAGCGUCCUGCUGCUCGUCUUCUCCAAGGACAAGUCUCCCGGGGAGCACAGCCUGAUCAGGACGGCGGAGACCUCCAAGUACAUCAUGCGCGACAGCGGCGCGCAGGGCGCGGGGGCGCGGCGGCAGCGCAGGAACAGGAGGGACCGGCAGAGGAUCAAAGCCGCGGCCGCCCCGAGGGAGCAGGGCCGCUCCCUGUGCCGCAGGGUGGACAUGGUGGUGGAUUUCGAGCAGACGGGCUGGGGCGGCUGGAUCGUCUACCCCAAGAAGUACAACGCGUACCGCUGCGAGGGGCUGUGCCCCUCGCCCGUGGACGAGACCUUCAAGCCCACCAACCACGCCUACAUCCAGAGUUUGCUGCAGCUCUACAAGCCCAACCAGGUGCCGUGCCCCGCCUGCUCCCCGGUCAAGAUGAGCCCCCUCUCCAUGCUCUACUACGAGAGGGGCGAGGUCGUGGUCCGCCACCACGAGGACAUGAUCGUCGAGGAGUGUGGCUGCAACUGA